AUGUCUGUCGUGACAGCACAAGGUGUUGCAAUUGCUGAGUUGAUCGUCUAUAUACCUAUAUCCCUUGUUACUCUCUUCGUCGUCCUCCGCCAUGGCUUUCACAGACAGCUCGGGUGGAUCUACCUCUUCAUAUUCAGCGGAGUCAGAAUCGCAGGUGCUGUGAUGGAGAUCCUCAGUGAGACACAUCCAGACAAUACGACAGACCUGGAGUGGGCUAUAAUAUUACAGUCAGUGGGGCUCUCUCCACUGUUGUUAUCUAGCCUUGGCCUGCUGAAAAGAGUUUCUGAUGAGAUCUGCGACCAUGCGCCAUCAACCCAAGGCUCCCGGGUCACUAUGGUGUUGCAGAAACUGAGUUCAUUCAGCAGUGUCGCAGCGAAGCUAAAGGGGUUUUAUAACAAGAAAGAAACCGCCAUAUCCGGUCGCAGCAAAGUCGUUCAGUUGCUCCAUAUCCCAGCCCUCAUAGCGUUGAUUCUUUCGAUCAUCGGCGGUUUGGACCAAUACUCAUCGGAUACCUCUGAGCACUCCGGGGGAAAGACCGAAACCCGUGUUGGAAUCAUUCUAUUCCUCGCAAUCUACAUCGUGCUUUGCAUCCUGUGGUCAACAACCGUCAAAGACCUCCCUCGGAUGGCGCCAAGCCAGAAGCGUAUCGUCGGCGUGGUUCUGAUAGCAUUGCCAUUGAUCGCUUGCCGUCUGUUGUACAGUCUUGUCGCCGAUUUAGCCAUGACCGUCGAUUUUCAUUGGUCGAUGGAAAUGUGA